AUGCCACCACCACCACCACCCGAAGCCGGGCCCAGCACUGCCGCCGGCCCCAGCGUCGUCCGGCGCAAGCUCGCCCCGCCGCCGCCGCCCCGUCCACGCCCCACCGUCCCCGCGCGCGCGGGCCGCACGCUGCCGACCAAGGUGCUCCAAGGCGCCGGCACGCGCAGGACGGACAGCACACGGCCUGGUUUUGGCCGGGACACGAUCUUCGUCACGCGCAACGUUCCGCUCGGGGGGCUGAUUCGGCGGGCUAGCAGUCUCGUGAACGACGAGGGCUACACCCAGCUCACGCUCUACGCCCUCGGCGCAGCAAUCCCACAAGCCUUCCUCCUCCUCCACGCCGUGCUCGACAUCCUGCCGUACCCAGUCGGCCCGAAGGGGAUGUGGUACGAGCUGACGACGACGACGGUAGAGUGUACGGACGAGGUGCAGGCGGAAGCCGAUGACGAGGAGGACGAGUUUGCGGGUCUUGGGGCGCUCGAAGCGGCGCCGAUCACGCUGUCGACGCGGACAAAGCCCGCAGUCCACAUCACGAUCCACAUCGCGGCCAAGACCAAGUCCGUGCCCAUUCUCGGCGGGUACGCCGACGGCAUCGUCGAGCCCUCGGCCCCGGACAGGCGGUACAAGGAGCAGAAGCCCGGCACCAAGGCGCGCCCGAACGCCAAGCUCCGCCAGCGCCGCAUCGUCGCGCAGCGGCGCGAGGCCGAGGCGGCGGCUGCUGCUGGCGCGCAGAUGGCCGUCGACAACGAGGAGGAGGCGAUGAACUAUGUGUAGGGGGGGGGGGCGGUCACC